CGGCCCGGUCCGCGGCAGAGCGUCGAGCAACGGGACCGGGACCGGCUCGGCCCCGGGGCCGCCAGUGACCGGAGGGUCGGGGGCGGCCGCUCCGAGCCCAGGCGGCUCCUUUUUGCCGCAAACCGGCGCGGGGUUAAGCUCUCUGCCUCCGUCCGGUGCAUUUUCCUCCUCGGCUCGGUUUUGUCUGACACCGGCGCCGUUGGGUCUUUUCUUUACCCGGAACCGGCACUUUUUGCCUCAAACCGGCGCAUGGCACCUCCGGAACGCUGCUUUGCUUUUGUUCCUCCGCACUCCCGGCUCGCUGCUGGAGGGAUGCGACACCCCCGGGGCUCUGCUGCACCCAAAGCCGCCCGUUCUGGACCCCGAUCUGCGCCUUUCCCACCCCCAUCCAUUCAUUCACCAUCCUAAUCCCUUCACUUUCCCAUCCUAAUCCCUUCACUUUCCCAUCCUAAUCCCUUCACUUUCCCAUCCUAAUCCGUUCCUUUCCCCCCCAAUCUGUUCCCUUUUCCUCCAAAUCCAUUCCCUUUCCCUCUAAUCCAUUCCUUUCCCAUCCUAAUCCAUUUCUUUCCCACCUAACCCUUGGCAGGAGCCCCUUGGUGAGCAGCUGGGGAGGUGCCAGGACCUGCGGGCGCUGCGCUAUGGGCAAGAGGAGCAAGCGGGCAGCUGACAGCUCUUCCUCGGGCGACGAGGAGGAGUAUGUGGUGGAGAAGGUGCUGGACCGGAGAGUGGUGAAGGGGCAGGCUGAGUACCUGCUCAAGUGGAAAGGCUUCUCCGAGGAGCACAACACCUGGGAGCCGGAGAAGAACUUGGACUGCCCGGAGCUGAUCUCGGAGUUCAUGAGGAAGUACAAGAAGAUGAAGGAGGGAGAAGGCAACAGGCAGAGGGACAGGGCCGAGGGCGCCAAGAGGAAAGGGCUGGGGGCCGGCGGGGACGACGUCAGGGCCAAGAAGAAGAGGGAGGGCAGUGACAUCGCCAGAGGCUUCGAGCGGGGGCUGGAGCCGGAGAAGAUCAUUGGCGCCACAGACUCCUGCGGGGACCUCAUGUUCCUGAUGAAGUGGAAGGACACAGACGAGGCUGACCUGGUGCUGGCCAAGGAGGCCAACCUCAAGUGCCCUCAGAUCGUCAUCGCCUUCUACGAGGAGCGCCUGACCUGGCAUGCAUACCCCGAGGACAGCGACAAAGAACGGGAGGCCCCCCGGAGCUAAGGCGACCCCCCCAGACACAACCACCCCCAACCCCUCCCCCACACACCCUGUACAUAGCCCCCUGCCCCCUCCCCCCGACCGAAUCAUCGUGUCCCCAUCCCCUGUGUCCCCCCCUUAAAGGGUUCCCUUUCCCCCCCCCCCCCCCGCAGUGUUCUUGUGCCCCCUCCUGGGCACAGGGGAGGGCUCAGCCGUGCCCUGUGGCUCCUCCUCGCCCAGAGGAGGGGUCCGGGGCAGUGCCGGGGGGGGGCUCAGAUCCCCUUUUUUGCUGUUUUUCUAUGGUUGAUGUUUUUAGCUGGGGACCCCCCCCCCCAAAAAAAAAACAACUGGGGGUGCCCUGUGUCCGUCCCCCUCCCCACCAACUCCACCUCUCUCUCCUGCCCCCCCUCCCCUUGUAUUUGCAUCCAAUAAACGGUCACUUUUCAGGA